GUGUUACCAGCUGUUCCUCAUUCUCCUUGGGGAGAAAAUUUGUUGUAUUAAUUCAAACAUUACCAAAAUAUUAUACUCUGUUCCCUAACGAUUACAUUUAUAGUUACCCAAGAUAGAGAUAUAAAGUAAAAUGGGAGCCAGUCCAUCUAGUUUCCGUGUGGAACAGACGACCUUACAGCAAUAUUCUUAUUCGACUUUACUCGAGAAGGAUGAGAGUAAAAGUGAAAGUUUUCGCCUGUUCCGUGUGACUUCAUUACGAUAUGAAGCCGUUCUUAGUAGGACAGAUCAACAUCCUAAAUGUCUGAGUGUAUUUAGAAUGGAUGAUGAGAAGGCUGCGAGGGAGAAAUUCAGGUAUCUUCAGAAGAAUCUUUCACCAUUUUACAAGAGCUCCGUCAAGUGUUUCAAUGCAGGAACUCUACAAGAGAUAAUCACCACCAUGGAACAGCACCCAGAAUGGUCUCUCGCCCAGAUAGCAAAAGAACUUGACUUGAGAGAGUGCCUCAGUCAUGAGCGUAUAGCAGCAUCUGAUGACCAAGGGAAAGGGCCUCAUCCACUGCAUGUUGCUUGUAAGGGUGGUAAGAUGGACUUUCUUCAAAGUCUAACAAAAAUGAAUGCCAAGGAUUUCGUGAAAGAUAAACUUGGAAACACACCUUUGCACUAUGCCGCUGAAAACUACCCUGAAAUGAUGAUAUCCAUGGUUCAGAAAGCACAGUAUCUUGGAAUGCAAAUGUCAGAUAUUGUGAAUUCACGAAACGUUGAUGAACAAACAGCCCUUGACGUCGCCUGCCACUUCUCUCAAGAGAACGGUGUUCGCGUGCUCCUGGAGGCGGGAGCAGACGUCAAUCAUGUUGAAGGCUACACCAAGCCCAUUCAUACGGCACUUAAGUCUAAUGGAACUCGGUGUGCUGCGCUGAUCUUAGAGUUUCACCCAGAACAGAUAAACGAAAAAGACUUGAAAUAUGGUGCUUAUCCUAUACAUUGGGCCAAGACUAAAGAGACCGUUGAACUUCUGCUCAAGAGCGGAGCAGAUAUUGAGUGCACGAAUGACGAUGGCGAGACGGCUUUACACGUAAUGGCGAGGCGACGACGGCUUGGUUGUGUUAUCGCCCUGUUGUCCUCCAAUGCUAAUGUCAAUCCACGUAGCAACAGUGGAAGUACACCUCUGCAUAUCGCAGCAAAGGCAGACGACUGUGACAUCGUUCGGGCUCUCAUCAUUUUUGGCGCAGAUGUAAAUGCCAUGGAUAACGACCACUACACAGCUAAACACAUCGCUACCAAAGAACAACAACCUCGAUGGAAAGACGUGGUUGAAGCUUUGAACUUUGUUGGUGCUUCUCAAUGUGACAAACAAAAAUCUGGUUGUAAUCUCCCUUGCGCCAAAGCUUUUCAUGGAGAAAUAAGAAUAGGAGAUGCUUCCAAUAAAAUGUCAUCGAGCCUGCUAAGUAUGCCGGGAUACGAAGAUCUCAUUCGCGCUGCCGCUGUUGCUGCUGCCCUGGGCAACAAACCAGGGAAAGACUCAGUCGAUGGUGCUGCUAAAAGAAAAAUCACAAAAUCAAUCUUCAAAGAGAAACAUGGCCGUGAUUCGGUCCUAACAAUGGACGGUGGAGGAAUACGGGGCCUGGUACUAAUACAACUACUGCUGGCCAUAGAGGAAGUCACUGGUCAACCAAUUGUACGGUUGUUUGAUUGGAUCGGUGGGACGAGCACUGGGGGUAUCUUGGCCCUCGCUCUUGUACAUGGAAAAUCUGCUCGUUACUGCCAAGGAUUGUACUUCAUGAUGAAAGACCAUGUGUUUACAGGACCUCGACCGUACAACUCGGAACCUUUGGAAAGAUUCCUUCGAGAAGAGUUUGGUGAAACAACUACAAUGACUGCAGUCACUCAUCCAAAAGUUCUAGUAACCGCUGUCCUCGCAGAUCGUCGUCCAGCAAGUUUGUACUUCUUUAGGAACUUUGAUAUGCCCGAGGACAAACCAGAAACGUCAGCCAAGUCUCCAUUUCCCUCUCCGCCUGCUCCAUCAGCCCAGUACGCGUGGCGAGCAGCGAGAGGGACUGGUGCCGCGCCCACAUUCUUCCGUGCCAUGGGACGGUUCUUAGACGGUGGUCUAAUGGCUAACAACCCAACUCUUGAUGUCCUGACAGAAAUCCACAAUUACUAUAAAGUCCAUGAGCCCACAAACGUCAAGUCCCCUGGGUCAUCAAAAGUUGGUCUCGUUGUGUCCCUUGGUACUGGUGUCCCUCCGACGAAACAUGUCAUGAAUAUUGAUGUGUUUAAACCGGAGUCCAUAUGGGAUGCGUCUAAUAUCAUAAUGGGCGCACGCGCACUAGGCGCCUUGUUAGUUGACCAGGCUAGCGCAACCAAUGGACCAGUAGUAGAACGAGCUAAAGUCUGGUGUGAAAUGAUUGAUGUACCUUACUAUCGAUUCAGCUCUGACAUGUCAGCUGAUGUUGGUUUAGAUGAGUCGGAUGACAAGAUUCUCGUCAAGAUGCUGUGGGAGACAAGAGUAUAUGUUUUGCAGCAUUUUAAAGAAUUUAAAGAACUUGCAGAAAGGCUAACCGGCUAGAUAUUGUAUAAACUUGGCGUCCAAGGCCCCCCUUUCAAUCCCAGGGGGUGUACUCGGGUGGGUAACAUGA